ACGAGCGGUUCGAGUACGCUAAGAACUGCCGCGACGCUGUGUUGCUGCUGCACAAGGCUGGUCUGCGGCUGGGCAAGUACGACAUAGAGAAGCGCAUGGCCAUCGAGGAGGAGAACUACGACAGGGCCAAGCUGAGGAAGGACCACUCGGAGGAGUACAAAGAGGCCGUGAUGGCGGCACUCAAGGUGGACCAGCUUCUGGAGUCAGAUGGGACGGACCCGAAUAACAACAAGUCCCUGAACCUGGAGCUGCCACCGCCGCCGGGCAAGAAGAAGCGUCCCCAGACGCCGCCGCCGCCAGCGCCAGAGCCGUCGCCACCCCCGCGGCCCAAGUCCGACCCGCUACCUCCCAUCCCACGCAGCCCAGAGGUGCGCCAGGACUCGUCUGGCUCGCUGAAGAAGCCGAUGACGCCCCCGCCGCCCAUCUACGCUCCGAUGACGCCCUGA